AACCGUCUGAAAGACAAACCGCCAUAUCUCUUUCCCCAAUGGUUCGACAGAGAGUGAUCCUCAAAGAAACGUUUCAUUAUCUAUGUACACCUUCCAUUGGAUCACUUGCAGCACACGAUGUUUUUGACUGCACCUUUGAAUGCCUCAGCAAUCCUCUAUGUUCUUCGUUGAACCUGGCUUCCUCCAACAGAGCAGAUGGUACAUUAUGGUGUGAGUUCUUGUCUUCCGACAGAUACAGAAAUCCGAAGGAAUACAGAAGAAACCAGAGUUCGCAUCACUUAUAUUUUAAGUCACCUUGCUCAUCGUAUCCUUGCCAGAAUGCAGGCGCUUGUGAGACAAACUAUACAAAUAAUACUUUUAAAUGCUUCUGUGAGAAUGGUUUCACUGGAGAGUACUGCGAGAAAGCACUGAAGUCUUGUAAAGAAAUAUAUGCCGCACACAAUGUCCGCGACAGGCUUAACGUGAGUCAGUUUGCUACUCUGAUCAUAAGCGAGAAACCAGUCUCUCUUCUUUGUCACAUGGGAGAUUUUGGAUGUGGUGAUGGAGGAUGGACGCCGGUCAUGAAGAUUGACGGCAACAAGGACACCUUUCACUUUGGCAAAUCUUUUUGGACUGAUGAAAAGGAAUACAAUCCUUCUGGGGGUGAAACUGGGUUUGACCAGCAAGAAACAAAGCUACCCAGUUAUUGGAACACAUCCUUCUCCAAGAUCUGUCUCGGUAUGAUGUUCGACCAGCAGCUCAGGUUCAUUGUCAUCUACAAGCAAGCUGACUCUCUGUAUUCACUGAUCGCUGACGGAAAAUAUCGCAGUACAUCCCUGGGUCGUGACACGUGGAAGAAAUUACUUGGUGAUCAUGCCUCUUUACAGCUCAAUUGUAAUAAGGAAGGGUUCAACAUAGAAUGUCAUAAUAGCGAGGCAUCUGCAAGGAUUGGCAUUGUGACAAAUAACGAAGAUUCCUGCCAUUCGUGUGACUCCAGGCUCGGGUUUGGCACAAAAGGAAGAAUUGAUGCCAAAAACACCUGUGGAAACGUGGCUCUGGCUAUGCACAAGGCAGAUAAUGGAGACAAACGCAUCAAAGCCAUGGGUUACGUAUUGGUUCAAUGAAUGGAGUUUACAUUACUGAUCAAAUUUGUCUUACAACGCUGUUGCAGCUAUAAGGAUAAUCUGCUUUCACUGGAACCCCAUUCACACCGGCAAAACAUGUUUAGUUAAAGCGGUUUAACUGGAAGAA